AUGGAUGCCCAUUUUGUCUCAGCACGGAUCGCAGAGCUCCGUGCUGACCUAGUCGGCGCAGCACAGGCGCUUGUGCGGGCGGCAUCGCCAGAUUCGCUCGACACAGCCGCAGUGGCUGGCAUAGCCGAGGCGCUGAUUCAGCAGCAGAUUCCCCAUGUCCGCAUCAGUCGCUAUUCGCCCCUCCCAGGCCUUGUCAACGUCGUUGCGACCGUGUCGUCUGGCCGGCCGGGACGGCGACUGGUCUUCAAUGGCCACCUUGACACCUAUCCUCUCUGUGCAGAGCUGCCGUGGACGCUCGACCCGCUCAGCGGUGCUCUCACGGCCGACAACCGCAUCCAUGGUCGCGGCGUCUGCGACAUGAAGGGUGGCAUCGCUGCGUGCUUGGUUGCGGUCCGCGUGCUCGCUGAGAACCGCGACCGUUGGGCUGGCGACCUGUCGAUCACGCUGGCCGGCGACGAGGAAACCAUGGGCACGCACGGAUCCCAGUGGCUGCUCGACAACGUGCCCGAAGCCCGAGGCGACGCCAUGGUCUGCCCCGACGUCGGCUCGCCAGACGUCGUUCGGUUCGGCGAGAAGGGCCUCUGUUGGUUCGAAAUCGCUGCAGCCGGUACGGCGGCACAUGGCGCCCACGUGCACAAAGGGGUCAACGCGGUCGACCGCCUCCGCCAGGCUCUGGAUGCUAUCAAGGGCCUCGAGACCAUGCCGAUUCGCCCUGCACCGGCCGAGAUUGACCGCGCCAUCGAAGACGCAAGACCUAUCUCGGAGGCCCUGUCUGGUCUCGGAGAGAGCGAGACCCUUCGACGUGUCACUGUCAAUAUUGGCCUCAUCAGCGGCGGCACUCUGCGCAAUCUUGUGCCGGCAUCAGCACACGCAGAGGGCGACAUACGACUCCCCAUCGGCGUCACCGUCGCCGACGUCAGAUCCUACAUCGAGAAACACGUCGCUUCCAUUGAGGGCAUAUCGGUGAAGAUCGUUAGGGCAUAUGAACCGUCCUACACACCACCGUCACACGAGCUAGUACAGACAGCAAUACAGGCAAGCAUUUCAGUUCUAAACAGGCCAGUCGUAGCCAACAUGCGCGUCGGUGCUAGCGACACCCGGCUGUAUCGUCCAGCUGGAGUGCCGAGUGUGGUGGUCGGGCUCACGCCAAACGGGAUGGGGGCUGAGAACGAAUACGUGGAGGUGGGCGAGCUGGAGCAGCUAUCGCAGAUACUCGCAUUGAUCGCUUAUAAAUUCCUGACAGAAAAGUAA